GCUCUCUGUAUAUGUAUUAGCUGAUAGAAUUAAUAUCUUUGAUCGACGGAGAGAAGAAAAAUGGAGAGGAGACUCCACGAAGCAGCCAUGGAAGGCAACGUCAUCUCCUUGGUGAAUCUGCUCCAAGAAGACCCUCUAGCUCUCGACAGACUCCUUGCCACCUGCCACACUGAAACCCCUCUCCACAUAGCUUCCAUGUUAGGACACGUUCGGUUCGUCACCGAGCUUGUCGCCCGGAAGCCAGAGCUCGCAACAGAGCCCGACAUACGAAGGUCAACGCCGCUUCACUUGGCCGCCGCUCGCGGCAAUUUUGACGUAGCGAAGGUACUUCUGACGGCCGCCGGCUCUGAAAUUUGUCUGGCGACCGACGGAGAUGGGAGAACGCCUCUGCACGUUGCCGCCGUGAAAGGCCACGUGGGUAUCGUGCGGGAGUUGGCAGCGGCCAGACCCGACGCGGCUCGAGUCUUGCUGGACCGUGGCGAGACCAUUUUGCACGCGUGCGUGAGAUUUGGACAGGUGGAUGCGAUGAAGGUGGUGGCGAAGGUCGUUGAUGGUGAGUUCGUGAAUGUUAAGGAUCGGGUCAGUGGCAACACGGCGUUGCACCUCGCGGUGGCUCAUAGACAAACCGAGGCUAUAAACUUCUUGAUUUCGGGUACUGCGAUUGACGUCAACGCGGUCAACGCACAGGGCCUCACGGCGUUGGACAUUUUAGUGCAAACCAGAAGAAACCGAAAAGACAAAGAUAUUGCAGAGUCCCUCAAACAUGCCGGAGCUGUUACCUGUGCAACUAAUGAGUCUCCACUCUCCGUGCACGAUGAGCCUGAAGUCAUUAGCUCCACCAUUGACAUGGCGGACGAAGACGUCUACACCUUCUCCUCUCAAAAAAGAAAGACGACCAAGAAACUCCUCAAGACUUUCCGAAGUCACGGCCGCCAACCGGAUUGGCUCGAGAGAAAACGGAGCGCAUUAAUGGUGGUCGCUUCCCUCAUCGCCACCAUGGCUUUCCAGGCGGGAGUCAACCCUCCCGGCGGCGUCUGGCAAGAUACUUCCGAUGGCGAUUCUAAGACGAAGCCGCACACGGCGGGUUUCUCAAUAAUGGCCGAGUAUCACUACGUCGUCUACGGCUGGUUCCUGGCACUGAACACGAUCAGCUUCGUGGCUUCUCUCAGCAUUAUCCUACUGCUAGUAAGUGGGUUGCCGGCGGUGAAGCGGAGGUUCUUCAUGUGGGUGCUGAUGGUGAUCAUGUGGGUGGCGAUAACCUCCAUAGCGAUCACGUAUGCGAUUUCAAUCACCGUGUUUACGCCGGCGGAGCAGUCAAUUACGCUUUACAAGGUGUUGGGGUGGGCGGUGGUGGCUUGGUGCGGGUUGAUGACUCUGCUGCUUAUCGGGCAUACAAUUCGGUUGCUGGCGAGGUUGUUCAGUGGCUUGUACAGAGUAUUUCUGCCGCGAAGAAGAAAGGUACCAGCUAAAGCUUUUCGGCUUAGUUCUGCGGAAGCCAUAAACGACGUCGUUGCUUGAAUAUCGAUAGACCUACUGCUUAUAGUAGCGUAUAAAUUAUAUAUUUUCUCUGUUUCUGGGAAGAGUGAUUAGUGUUUUCUUAUUUACAGGGCUUUGUCAAUAAGUUUCAGGUACAUGAUCUGUGUGGUUAGACCUUUCAGCAAUGUUGCA